AUGCAUCUCUCUCAGAAUUCCCCAGCCGUCAAUGGAUCGACCGAAUACGGCAAUAAUGUGACCAAAGCACUGCAGGAAGAGGAAAGACUAGAGAAAUCAUCGGUGCAGAAACUUUCAAAAGAGCAAGAUCAUGUCUUGAAGACCUUCAGACUGUUGAUCGCAGACCUUUGCCAACAAUUCAAUGGCGGCCACCCUGGCGGUGCGAUUGGUAUGGCGGCCAUUGGAGUUGCACUCUGGAAGUACGUGAUGAAAUAUGCACCGCAUACUCCCACGUACUUCAACCGCGAUAGAUUCGUCCUUUCAAAUGAUAUGACAUUUGAUCAGCUCAAGUCAUACCACUCCGAGCGCGUAGAUGCACUAUGCCCAGGUCAUCCUGAGAUUGAACACGAGGGCAUCGAAGUUACGACGGGCCCACUCGGACAAGGUGUCGCAAAUGCCGUUGGACUGGCCAUAGCAACAAAGAGCCUCCAGGCUAACUACAACAAACCGGGGUUUGAGGUCGUCUCGAAUCAUACCUGGUGCAUGAUUGGAGACGCAUGUUUGCAAGAAGGAGUCGCUUUGGAAGCAAUCUCUUUUGCGGGACAUUUGAAACUGAACAACCUCACAGUAAUCUACGACAACAAUCAGAUCACCUGUGACGGUAGUGUUGAUCUCACAAACACUGAAGAUGUUAACACAAAGAUGCGUGCGUGUGGUUGGGAGGUGAUCGAUAUCGAAGACGGAUGCUUUGACAUUGAGGGACUUGUCGCAGCUUUGAAUCAGGCGCGUGCCUCAGUCGAUAAACCUACCUUUAUCAAUGUGAAAACCAUCAUCGGCUUGGGCUCUGCCGUUGCAGGCGAUGCUGUUGCACACGGAGUCGCUCUUGGAGCGGAAGACGUGGCAAAGAUGAAGAAAGCUUAUGAUUUCAAUCCAGAGGAGCAUUUCACUGUAAGCGAUGAAGUUCGAACUUUCUUCGAGGAUCUGCCCGCCAAAGGUCAAGAACUCGUGCGGUCGUGGGAAGAGUUGGUCAAAAAGUACGAGACCAAACACCCGGAUUUAGGCGCGGAGUUCCGGCAACGCAUCGAAGGUCGCCUGCCCGAGACUUGGAAAGAUCUAAUCCCAAGCUCAUUCCCUGAAACACCCACAGCGACAAGGAAGGCUUCCGGAUUGGUCAUAAACCCCAUCGCAGAAAAAGUAAAGAGCUUUGUAGUUGGCACAGCGGACCUGACACCGUCAGUAAAUAUGGCAUGGAAAGACAAAGUCGACUUCCAGCAUCCUGAUUUGAAGACCACUUGCGGCAUCACAGGCAACUACAGUGGCCGGUACAUCCACUAUGGCGUCCGAGAACACGCAAUGGCGGCAAUCAGCAAUGGACUUGCUGCAUUCGCACCUAACUCGUUCAUUCCCGUCACUUCCUCUUUCUUCAUGUUCUAUCUUUAUGCAGCUCCAGCAGUCCGAAUGGGUGCGUUGCAACAGCUGCAGGUCAUUCAUGCUGCAACACAUGACUCCAUUGGCAUGGGCGAAGAUGGUCCAACACAUCAGCCGAUCGAGUUAGCUAACCUCUACCGCGCUAUGCCCAACUUGCUGUAUAUACGACCAGCCGACAGCGAAGAAACGGCUGGAGCGUGGAUUACAGCAAUAGAGGCCAAAAACACACCGAGCAUUAUUUCAACAUCGAGACAUACGCUACCACAGCUCAAGCAAACGCGUCGAGACUUGGUAGCAAAGGGCGCGUACGUUCUGGAGGAGGUCGACGAUGCCGACAUCACGCUGAUCGGAGUUGGUGCUGAGCUGUGUCACGCGGUUGACACGGCCAAGGAGCUGAAGUCCAAGAACAUCAAAGCACGUGUUAUCAGCUUCCCAUGUCAACGCUUGUUUGAAGCCCAAUCCACAAUGUACAAGCGCGACACACUCCGUCGUCAUGAAGGAAUACCCGCCGUUGUUAUUGAGCCUUUCAGCCCGAAUGGAUGGGAAAGGUGGGCAGAUGCGGGAGCUUGUAUGAGGCGAUUUGGUCACAGUCUGCCAGGCAAAGCCGCUUACAAGUACUUUGGGUUUGACGUUCCUGCACUCACAGCCAAGGUCGAGAGUUAUCUGCAGCAGGUACGGGAGGAUCCGUUACUGAAGGGUGAGUUUGUCGAUCUUUGA